AUGGCCUAUCAUAUGAAACUCGUUCAGAAACAUGGUCACAUUUACAUCAGUGGUUUCGGUCCUUGGACACGUAUUGCUGUGAUGGAGCCGGAUAUCAUUGCUGAUGUUCUUUCUCGUUCAAAUAGUCAAGACUUUUUGCGAACAACGGACAAUGGCGUAGGUCUCAAAACCUUGGUUGGAACGCGUAAUCUAGUAAUGACCAAUGGAUUAGAUCAUGACCGCGCGCGAAAGAUGGUUAAUCCAGCUUUUCAUUUCGUCAAGCUUCCAUCAAUAGCAUUGAUUAUGAUCAAUCAGACUGCUAAGGCCAUUGACAAACUUCUUAAAUUAUCAUCUGAAAACCAGUUUAUUGAUUUACAGAGAGAAUUUCAAAAACUUACAUUGGCAAUCAUAGCGUCGAGUACUUUGGGUAAUGGUUUUGAAAAUAUGGAUGACGUCAAAGAAACCAUAUCUGGAGGAUUUGCUUUAGCGCUCGAUGCAGUACAAUAUCGGGUACUGCAUUUGAUUGAUCAUAUUCCUAUUAUUUCCCGAUUACCCUUUUGGUACAAGUCUUAUCUAGACAAAGGAUGUCGAGACAUUUCUGAAUUCGUCGAACAGACCAUUAGCGAUCGUCGACAUGGCCGAUCGAUUAGUCAAUCUUCAGGUGCUGAUCUUCUUGAUCUUCUUCUUUCGGCUAUUGAUGAUGACGGAAAGCCGUUCGAUAAUCAAGAGAUCACUGAUCUAGCUAAAUCUUUUUUAUUUUCUGGACAUGAGACAACUGGUAAUCUGAUGACAUGGACCAUGUAUGUGCUAAUGACUAACAAAGAUGUAUGGCGUGCUUGCCAAGACGAAGUCGAUAGAGUACUUCCCGACGGUAUCGAACCUACAUACGAACACCUAAGUAUGCUCGUUGUCUGCGAGGCCGUUUUGCAAGAAACACUUCGCCUUUAUCCAACAGCUCCUUUCUUCACACGUCAAUGCAUUCAUGAGCAUAUCGUUAGUAGUAAUAGUCAUGGUCAGUUACGUAUUCCUGUGGGAACAACUAUUAUACUAAACGCUUAUGCACUUCAUCGUCGUGAUGACUUUUGGCCUCGACCACUCGAAUUUGACUAUACUCGAUGGAUGCGUGAUCCAGUCAGUGGCCUAAGGCCAAAACUAGCUCAUCCAUUCUGUUAUUUACCAUUUGGGGCUGGACCACGUAAUUGCAUUGCUCAGAAUUUCGCUUUACUCGAAGCCAAAAUUAUAUUAGCCAUGUUUGUACAACGAUGUGACUUUGAAAUGGAACCUGGCCAGAAAAUAACGCCCGACAUUCGCCUCACUAUGCGAUCCAAGUACGGAUUACGAGCUCGAGUAAACAGACGGCAGUGA